UCAGCCAAAGUCCGGCUUGCUCGCCGUAGCUCUGCGUAACGUACUGGUAUCACAUUCUUUUGUGAUACAUUCCCGUCGGCUGUCGCAGUUCCACAAUUACUCAAGGAAGGAUUCACCAGCUUCGUAUCAGAUUAGGCCUAGCUGCUUCCUGCUGCCGUUUUUUUUCCAUUGGUGAUAUCGACGCACGAUCGUCGAUAACUUUCCGACUCCGCCAUGUAUAACAUAUUAGCGGGAUUGAAGGAAUAUUUCCGGCGACAGGAGAUUGUGACGGAUAACGUGGUCUUUCGACUCCAUUAUAUUUUCACCACCGUCUUGUUGAUUGCCUUUUCAUUGCUUGUGACGGCCACCCAGUACGUAGGCAACCCGAUUCAAUGCAUCAACGAUAAUGAUAUUCCUAUCCAUGUUAUCAAUACAUACUGCUGGAUCUCUACUACUUUUACCAUUCCGUCUUCAUUUAUGAGGUCGGUCGGAAGUGAAGUUCCUCACCCAGGUCUCGGUGCUGGACUGCACGACAGCAAAGAUCAGAAACACUACGCCUACUACCAAUGGGUUUGCUUCAUUCUGUUUUUCCAGGCCAUUUUGUGCUACGUCCCUAGAUGGCUCUGGAGUGCUUGGGAAGGUGGUUUGAUGCAAACCAUUGUCCUGGGCUUGAACUCUGGCUUGAAGACGGUUGAAGAGCGCACGGUCAAGAAAAGAAUUUUGAUCGACUAUCUUUUGCUUCACUUCAAGCAACACAACAUGUACGCUAUUCGCUACUGGUUUUGUGAAGUACUCUGUCUUGUAAAUGUCAUCGGUCAACUUUAUCUGAUGAAUCGCUUUACUGGUGGCGAAUUCUUUUCGUACGGUCUUAAAGUUCUAUCAUUCGCCAAUGCUGAUCAAGAAGACCGUUUUGACCCUAUGGUUUAUGUCUUCCCACGGGUUACCAAGUGCACGUUCCAUAAAUUCGGUUCGUCCGGUACCAUUAGCCGACAUGACUCUAUGUGCGUUCUAUCCCAAAACAUUAUCAACGAAAAAACGUACAUCUUUUUGUGGUUUUGGUUCAUCAUUAUGGCAACUCUCCUCUCAUUGCUGGUCGUCUACAGAGCCAUCUUGUUAGCAGUUCCUCGUGUUAGGCCAUUGAUUCUCCACGCCCGCAAUCGCUUUGUUCCGUCUGAGGUUAUUGAUGGAAUCACAAGCAAAUUGGAGGUCGGUGACUGGUGGAUCCUCUACAUGCUGGGACGCAAUCUAGAACCCUUAGUGUAUCGAGAAGUAGUCUCAGAAUUGUCCAAGAAGGUCGAGACAAAUGAAAGUAACAACGCGUGACUAGCACGCCCCGACUCAACCACUUCCACCAAUACAGGGCCUUAUGAAGAUCUGCGAGCCGCCGUGGCAGAGGCUUCUGAAGAUACCUUGGUUUAGUCGGGCCUCGGACGCCGCCUAACACUGAACAUUCAAAUUCUAUUUCAUAUCAUACCUAUGAAGGGGCUUAUAAAAAUAAUAAUGAUCCAUGUAGAGAAUGUCCCAUUCAAAUUUUUAUCAGGUUCGGAAACAAUCGGAAUGUGACCAGAUCUAUUUUUCUUCCAGAACUGCAUUGCGCCAUAAGUGCACAUAGCGUUCAAUUUGAGUUGAAUUCUUCCAAUUGACGAUAUUUUUAUAAGCUGCAUUCAACUUCUCGUUUUUAGUUUUUUUUUGUGUGAACUUUCUGUCUUUUUUUUCAACCAUUUUCCUUUUUCGAAUCAUCGUUGACUGAAUCUUUGGGAUUAGUUCUUUAUAUCGUCGAUGCGUUUAUUGCAAUUAUCGGUGGGCGGAUGUGUCCUGCGUUCAGAUUUUUUUACAAGAGGAUGCAAUAAAUCGGCUUCUUUUCCUAA